GCGCUAGUAGGUGUCUCAUAAAAUUAGACAGGUUUGUUUGGUGAGGUUAUGUCAAUCAUUUUAAGUGCAACAUAUUUUUGCAAGUUAAACAAUUUUAAAAGCACAAAAAAGUGAUUUUGUACCUAAAGAAUGGCUCCAACCUGUACUCCCGAUAAGAAAAAUGACUAUGAAAAUGAACGAUUAGGUUCGAAUGAAUUGUAUUUCACCACAACAGACUUUAACGGUCUUAGUGCUAACAACAGCGCAACGGAAUUAAAUAAUGAAUCUUUACAAAUGAGUAAAUUACAUGAACAAUUUCCAGAAUUAGGAGAACAUUUUAAUUUAAUUAAAAAAGUUGGUCACGGAACCUUUAGCACUGUUUAUUUAGCUACUGUAAAAACGAAUAAAGACAAACAAUAUGCAAUAAAACAUGUUGUUCCAACUUGUCACCCCGAUCGAAUACGUUUUGAAUUACAAUGCUUAAAAGAUAUUGGGGGCGCUGAGAAUAUAGUUGGGGUUGAUUUGUGUUUUCGUAAUUUAAAUAAUGUUAUUUUUGUGAUGCCUUUUCAACAACACGAUUUUUUUGGGGAUUACGUAACUGAAAUGGACACUGAAGAAAUUGCAUUAUACAUGAAAAACUUAUUAAAAGCAAUCGCUAGAGUUCACAGUUUUAACAUUGUUCAUAGAGAUAUUAAACCAAGCAAUUUUUUAUAUGAUCGAAAAAACAGAAAAUAUCUUUUAGUUGACUUUGGUUUAGCACAUACAGUAACUGACCCAAUAAAACCAAUAGAAACGAUUAAAAAACGAAAACGCGAAGAUUCCCCACCUACGUCAAAUGUGUCAAAAAAGCCAAACUUAUCUAAAUUACCUAAGAAAGGUAGUAGCCAAAAAGAAAACGAUGUAAAUUUAAAAUUAAAAACUGUUACAAGACAAUUAUCUUUUAUGAAUAGUUCAAAUUCAGUUCAGUAUGUUUCAAAUGGAGCUGCUGCUGGUUCUAGUGUAUUUUCUAAGUCUCCCCCGAUGAAAUCAAGCUUAGAAACUAACCAGCUAAAUCAAUGCGGUUGUUAUGGAAAAGCAAGAACUUGCGCUAAAUGUUUAGCUAAGAAAAAUUUGAGAGCUUUAAGAGCUGGAACGCCCGGUUUUCGCCCACCAGAGGUUUUAUUAAAAUCUUUACAACAAGAUACAGGUAAAAGUAUUGAUAUUUGGGCAACUGGAAUUAUUUUAUUAUCCAUUUUAAGCGGAUCUUGUAAUUUUUUUGCAAGUCCCGAUGAUGUAACAGCUCUCUCUGAAAUAAUAACCGUUUUCGGAUUUAAUGCUAUAAAAAAAGUUGCUUCUCAAUGUGGCCGGCAUUUAAUUUGUAGUGAAAAAUGUCCACCUUUAGAUUUAAGAAAGAUUUGUCGUAUAUUAAAAAUGAGAGAUAAAUUGAUGAACUAUUUAGAAACCGAAGAAAUGUGUUUGAAGUGUAACCAAUUAGAGGUGUUUUGUAUUUGCAUAGGAACCACUUUGUGUAAGAAAAUUUGUGAUAAAUAUCCAGAUCAAGCAUACGAUCUCUUGUAUAAAUUGUUAGAUGUUAAUCCUAAUACUAGAAUAUCUGCAGUGGAGGCAUUGAAUCAUCCAUUUUUUAGUAAAGUUUAAUGUAUUAGACAGUUCUUAUUUGAAAUAAGAAAGUGAAAUUAUAGGACAUACAUAGUAAGUGUGUGAUUUGUAAUUAAAGUAGUGAAUGUGUAAAUUACAAUAAAUCACUUUCAAAAAAUUUUA